AUGAUUUUUAAGCCCCUUGCUGUCAAGACUCCCCUCCUCAAAGAGCUUCACAAAAUAGGACUGGUGUCCAUCGAGGUCGCCGAUGCGGGAAGCGUAAAGGUUCUAACGGAAGAUGAUCUGGCAGGUUCACCCCAGGGAGGUGAAACGAGUGGCACUAACAAGGAAAGAAUAAAAAGACAAGAAAUUAAUGGCAACAAAAAUGGGAGAAAGUUAUCUCCUAGGAAAAGAAGCAAAAAGAGAAAACGCGAAAAUGUUGACCAGACAAAUUCGGAGCAGGACUCUAAAGCAGUUAUAGAAAAGUCAAUUGAGAAAGAGGACUCCAGUAAGAGCAACUCUGGUAGUGAAGUGGCCCCAGAACAAAUUGACAGCCGCGGGGAGGACACCAAUAAGGAGUUCAAAAGGAGGAAAAAAAAAAGAGGGAGAAAAAAAAAAAAACCAAAAAAUGCCCCCACGGGAUGUAAUGAGGAGGGUGUUUCUAUGGACCAGGCUGCGUGUUCUGCUGACUCCCCCACCACUUUCCGCGCAAAGGGUGAAGGCCCCAAAAGGGAAAAAUUCGACAUACAAAAAGUGAUCCAGAAUGAGGAGAACUUUGAACGAACGGAAGAAGUCAAGUACAAGGUACACUACGUCAGGUGGAACCUAAAUGGAAAAGUCAACCUCCUGUAUAGCAUAAUGAAAUCAUUAUAUGACGCUAAAUUCUGGAAACCCACAGAAAUACAAAAGCAGACUCUAGAGCACUCCAUAAAUUUUAAGAAUGACAUAAUCGUAGUGUCCAAAACGGGCACGGGCAAAACGCUAACCUUUUGCAUACCCAUAUUGAACAAUAUAGUAAAAAACAAAUUAAGGCAACACGAAAAAAGGGGGAAUUGUGUUUCUAAACUUAGGUGCAUCAUACUAGUUCCAACAAGAGAACUAGCCAUUCAGAUUUUAAGCCAUUUCAGUAUCAUAAAUAAAUACACCAACAUUUACAUCGCAACAAUUAUUGGAGGAUUAAAUCUUAAUAAACAAAAAAGAAUUAUAUCGAACAAACCAGAAAUCUUAGUUUGCACCCCUGGAAGAUUGAAGUAUUUUUUACUCCUAAAUGAUAAGAUAAACUAUUUGGAUAAUAUGAAACACGUCAGAUAUUUUGCAUGCGACGAAAUUGAUAAAAUGAUAGAAACGUCUUUCAUGAAGGACAUCAAUUUUAUUGCCAAACAUUUGUAUAAGUCCGUAGGGCAGAAAAAAAAAUUUAUUCAAACUUUUCUCCUGUCUGCUACUCUAGGGUUGUCAGUUCAUUUGCAAAAUGAAAAUCUAGCCAAAUUGUUAAAAUAUGUUACCAUAAGGAAAGAAAAAUCUUGCAUCAUCAAUUUGGCCGAUGAUCAUUUGGUAGACAACCCCUCAACGGGUGAGGGAGGCAGUAUCCUGCCUGAUGGCCUCUCGCUCAACGUGGUCAAAUGUGAAAGGAAAAAAAUACUACAAAAACUUUUUUACCUUCUCAAGCUAUAUUUUCUGAACGGUUCUGUGGACCACUCAGAAGAUGACAAGAAUCAGUUAAACCGAAACAAUGACAGUGCCGAAAAUGGAGAGAUAAAAAAAAUAGUUAUUUUUGUAAACACUAUUAAGGAAACCAAAGAGCUAAAUAGCAUAUUUAAAUUUUUAUUUUUCGACCAAGGGGUAGAGUCAUCUGUACCAAAAAAAUACCGUUGCGACAUGUCGCUGAAGGAACGGAUAAACAUUUACUCCAUACACUCCAAACAGUCACUCAAAGAGCGUAUGCAAAGCAUUUCAAAGUUUUCUCAAUCAACCAACCAUUCUGUUCUGUUUUGCACGGAUGUAUUAAGCAGAGGAAUCGACUUGGACAAAUGUGACGUCAUAAUUCAACUCAGCUGUCCCGUUUCGGAUAUCACCUUUGUACAUCGAUCUGGUCGCACGGCUAGAAAUUUCAAGACAGGCACCUGCAUUUGCUUCAUCACGGACGACGAAAUCGCGCGCUGGAAAAGUUCACUAAAAAAAAUAGGCCUCAUUUUUGAGAAUCUACAAGAACUCGAAAUGGUGAACCGAAUUAGCGAUCACGAAUACACCAAAAUAAACAGUGCAAUUCUCUGCUGCAACAAAAUGGUACAAUUGCAAAACAAAAUAAAAGACAAUAAAAAUAAAUCCAUUUUAAGCAAGCUAGCUAGAGAAGCCGAAUUGGAAGACGAGGAUGGAAGCUCCUCAGACUCGGAUAACCCAUCUGGCAAAAUAACAAACGAAGCCAUUCUCAAGCAGUUGCUACGUCUAAAGAAAGAGCUGUACAAUACACUCUACAGGGCGUAG